AUGACUUGCCGGUACUGUGGUAAGAAGUAUGUACGAAGAAGUUACCUUAAUAAACACGAGAAGAAGGAGCAUGGCCACGUUGAGGACACGCAGGAGUCUACCAAUAUGAUAACCUGUGAACAGGAUCACAUUUAUAACUACACACGACAGGUAUUAGUUUUGCUUCUUUUACGGAUAAACCACAACAAUGCCAUAAGUCUUGGGGAUGGCGGUCGAGUUGUUCGAACUUACAAGUUCUUUUAUCUGUUCUUUAAAAUUUCUGGAUGCCCUAAAUAUGCAUAUGCUACCCUUGAGUUAUUAGCACAGAUAAAUUAUCUGUUAAGUCCAAGGUUAUCAUACUCAUUGACAUGGAAUAGAUUCGUUAAUCACAAAGGACUUAUUGAUUCAAACCAUCCGAUAGAUCUAGAUGUUGAACAUGACAACAAAUCGUUUAAAACAGACAUUCAUAGCUUCCGAGGAGAGAUCACAGACAAAAGUAUCUCACGAAUAAGUCAGAGCAUUGAGGUGUCCAACGCAAUUUUGGCUAGUCAUGAUAAAUCAGCAUGUGUUCGGAAGCCAUCUGGGAGACACUCGAAGAUCUCGAAUGAAGAUGAAGUCAAGAUUCUAGUUGAAGAGUUUCAGCAAGCAGAACUAUACAAGUGCAUUCUCGGGCGGUGCCACAAAGCCUUUCCAAACAUGAAGGAAAAUUUACUUGAUGAAUUGGACAUGACCAAGUUCCAGCUAUGGGUGAAGAAUUCAAUGAAAAAGUUUUGUGAAAAGAGCUACUACAAAUAA